CCUUCACCCUCUCGCGGCUGCUGCUAAUCAAUACUCCUACGGCCGUGGAGCGUAGACGGUGAUCUCCAAUGGAGGAAGACAGGUUGAAUUCUCCCAGCACAUCAGCUGUGCUAAUUGAUGUCUUAGGGUAUCAUCUGCAUUUGUCUCAGAAUCCUAACUCUAAGCAUCUCGGUACAACUGUUUGGGAUUCAUCUAUGGUCUUCAUCAAGUUCCUGGAAAAGAACAGUAGAAAAGGUAGAUUUAGCCCAUCCAAGCUGAAAGGAAAACGUGCUAUUGAGCUUGGAGCUGGUUGUGGUUUAGCUGGUUUAGGAAUGGCACUAUUAGGAUGCGAUGUAGUUUCGACAGACCAAAUUGAGGUCCUACCUCUUCUAAUGAAGAAUGUUGAGCGCAACACUUCAUGGAUAAUGCAAGCAAAUGAUUCAGUGAACUUUUGCACAGCUUCCUUUGGUUCUAUUGAGGUUGCUGAGUUGAAUUGGGGAAAUGAAGAUCACAUAAAAGCUGUUUGCCCUCCAUUUGAUUACAUCAUCGGCACAGAUAUUGUUUACGCAGAGCAUUUAUUGGAGCCACUUGUUCAAACAAUUCUUGCUUUAUCUGGACCUAGAACAACAAUUAUGUUAGGUUAUGAGAUUCGGUCAACAACCGUUCAUGAGCAAAUGAUUCAGACUUGGAAGGAAAAUUUCAUCGUAAAAACUGUGCCAAAAGCUAAGAUGGACAGCAAAUAUCAACACCCAAGCAUUCAGUUAUUCAUCAUGGAACUGAAGCCUACAGCUAAGCUUGAAGGAAGUCUGCAGAAUAAAACUCCUAUUUCUGAUGAUUUAGAUGGAGCUGAAAGAAGCUGCUGACAAAUGGAGCCAUUGCUGCCCGGCUUUUAAAGUAUGUUACAAUAUCUCAAAGAAAGAUUUACAUGCAUACCACUUAAUUCUUAAUGUUUUUACAUAUCUAACACCUAAAGCAUAAUUGUAUACAUAUAUGCUAUCUCACCCAUACAUGAAAAGGUAUAUUUUUACAUUUAAUAAGUUAAAAGUGGUGGCAUUCCUUAUGUAAUGUGGUA